ACUGCUACGACAGUGACGUCGGAGGUAAAACCCGUGACGGAUUCCUUUAGUUAGCGAUAGGUACGGAUGGAGCCUGGAGUCACAAUAACUGGAGGGAAGGGGGACUGCUACGAGCCUCCGACAGCGACGUCGGAGGUAAAACCCGUGGCAGAUUACUGAAGUUAGCGAUGGGUACGGAUGGAGCCUGGAGUCAACAUAACGGGAGGGAGGCAGGGGGGGGAGACUGCUACGACAGCGACGUCGGAGGUAAAACCCGUGACGGAUUCCUUGAGUAAGCGGUGGGUACGGAUGGAGCCUGGAGUCAACAUAACGGGAGGGAGUGAGGGGGGGGAGACUGCUACGACAGCGACGUCGGAGGUAAAACCCGUGGCGGAUUCCUUGAGUAAGCGGUGGAUACGGAUGGAGCCUGGAGUCAACAUAACGGGAGGGGGGAGACUGCUACGACAGCGACGUCGGAGGUAAAACCCGUGGCGGAUUCCUUGAAUUAGAGAUGGUACGGAUGGAGCCUGGAGUCAACAUAACGGGAGGGAGGGAGGGGGAGACUGCUACGACAGCGACGUCGGAGGUAAAACCCGUGGCGGAUUCCUUGAGUUAUAGCGACGGGUACGGACGGAGCCUGGAGUCGACAUAACGGGAGGGCUGAACCCCGCGAAAGCAUCGCGGAGAUUUACGGGAUAGCUGCGAACGGUUUCCGUUGUGGGGGGUUUGAGCGUUGAGGGUUGUUAUUAAAAUAAAUAUAAAGUUGAGGGGGGAAAAGUCGCCUCGAAGUCGCCCGCAACUCGUAGCUGCUGCGGUGGACGAGGAGAGAGGGAGGAGGAGGGAGGAGGUGGAGGAGGUGGAGAGAGAAGGCCGUAAAAUGGGAGGCGAUCUGACGUUGGGGUUGGGAGGGUGGUGGAAGUUGCUUCAAAAGUUGAGGUAAAGUUGCCUCGGAGUUUGGGGGUGGUGUUGGGGGGGGGGUAAAGUUGCCUCAGUUAUAGUAAAGUUGCCUCAGUUAUAGUAAAGUUGCUUCAGAGUUGGGGGGCGGGGGGGGGUAAAGUUGCUUCAGUUAUAGUAAAGUUGCCUCAGUUAUAGUAAAGUUGCCUCAGUUAUAGUAAAGUUGCUUCAGAGUUGGGGGGCGGUAAAGUUGCCUCAGUUAUAGUAAAGUUGCCUCAGUUAUAGUAAAGUUGCUUCAGAGUUGGGGGGCGGGGGGGGGGGGUAAAGUUGCUUCAGUUAUAGUAAAGUUGCCUCAGUUAUAGUAAAGUUGCCUCAGUUAUAGUAAAGUUGCUUCAGAGUUGGGGGGCGGUAAAGUUGCCUCAGUUAUAGUAAAGUUGCCUCCAUUAUAGUAAAGUUGUCUCAGUUAUAGUAAAGUUGCCUCAGAGUUGGGGGUGGUUAAAGUUGCCUCAGAGUUUGGGGGGCGGGUAAAGUUGCCUCAGUUAUAGUAAAGUUGCCUCAGUUAUAGUAAAGUUGCUUCAGAGUUGGGGGGCGGGGCGGGUAAAGUUGCCUCAGUUAUAGUAAAGUUGUCUCAGUUAGUGUAAAGUUGCCUCAGAGUUUGGGGUGGUUAAAGUUGCCUCAGAGUUUGGGGGGCGGGUAAAGUUGCCUCAGUUAUAGUAAAGUUGCCUCAGUUAUAGUAAAGUUGCCUCAGUUAUAGUAAAGUUGCCUCAGAGUAAAGUUGCCUCAGAGUUAGGGGUGGGUAAAGUUGCUUCAGAGUUGGGUAAAGUUGCCUCGAAGUAGUGGGGGGGGGGGAAUAAGCCUAAGAUUUUGGAUAAAGUUGUCUCAGAUUUUGGAUGAAGUUGCCUUAAAGUUGAGGUAAAGUUGUCUCGUAGUACGGGUAAAGUUCCCUCAGAUUUUGGAUAAUGUUGCCUAAAGAGUUGAGGUAAAGUUACCUCAGAUUUGAGGUAAAGUUACCUCAGAGUUUAAGUAAUGUUGCCUCAGAUUUUGUAUAAAGUUGCCUAAAAUUUUUAAAACAGUUCCUCAGAGUUGAGAUAAAGUUGCCUCAGAUUUUUGAUAGCAUUGCCUUUGAGUUUGAGUAAAGUUCCCUCAGAGUUGAGGUAAAGUCGCCUCAGAGUUGAGGUAAAGUUGCCUCAGAGUUGAGGUGAAGUCGCCUCAGAGUUUAGGUAAAAUCGCCUCAGAUUUUGGAUAAAGUUGCCUUAGAGUUAAGGUGAAGUUUCCUCAGAGUUGAGGAAAAGUUGCCUCAGAUUUUGGAUAGAGUCACCUCAGAGUUGAGGUAAAGUUGCCUCAGAGUUGAGGUAAAGUCGCCUCAGAGUUGAGGUAAAGUCGCCUCAAAGUUGAGGUGAAGUUGCCUCAGAGUUGAGGAAAAGUCGCCUCAGAGUUGAGGUGAAGUCGCCUCAGUUGAGGUAAAGUUGCCUCAGAGUUGAGGUAAAGUUGCCUCAGAGUUGAGGUAAAGUCGCCUCAGAGUUGAGGUAAAGUCUCCUCAGAGUUGAGGUAAAGUCGCCUCAGAGUUGAGGUAAAGUUGCCUCAGAGUUGAGGUAAAGUCGCCUCAGAGUUGAGGUGAAGUUGCCUCAGAGUUGAGGUAAAGUCGCCUCAGAGUUUAGGUAAAAUCGCCUCAGAUUUUGGAUAAAGUUUCCUCAGAGUUGAGGAAAAGUUGCCUCAGAUUUUGGAUAAAGUUGCCUCAGAGUUGAGGUAAAGUUGCCUCAGAGUUGAGGUAAAGUUGCCUCAGAGUUGAGGUAAAGUUGCCUCAGAGUUGAGGUAAAGUCGCCUCAGUUGAGGUAAAGUUGCCUCAGAGUUGAGGAAAAGUUGCCUCAAAGUUGAGGUAAAGUUCAGUGUUGGUGGGGGGGGGUGUUUUUGGCGGGAGAAUGAGGGGUUGAAUCAGGGAUCCGCGAUGGCUCGGGGUCCCCGGCUACCCCUGCUGCUGCUGCCCCUGCUGCUGCUGCUGCCCCUUAGAAAGGGGACCCUGAGAGAGGGGACCCUAACAGAGGGGACCCUGACUGAGGGGACCCUGACUGAGGGGACCCUGACAGAGGGGACUCUGACAGAGGGGGUCCUCAGUGAGGGGACCUUGACAGAGGGGGCCCUGAUAGAGGGGACCCUGAGAGAGGGGACUCUGAGAAAGGGGACCCUGACUGAGGGGGCCCUGACUGAGGGUGUCCUCAGUGAGGGGACUCUGACAGAGGGGACCCUGACAGAGGGGACCCUGACAGAGGGGGUGCUCAGUGAGGGGACCCUGACAGAGGGAACCCAGACUGAGGGGACCCUGACAGAGGGGACCCUGACUGAGGGGACUCUGACUGAGGGGACUCUGACUGAGGGGACUCUGACAGAGGGGACCCUGAGAGAGGGGACCCUGAGAGAGGGGGUCCUCAGUGAGGGGACCCUGACAGAGGGGACUCUGACAGAGGGGACCCUGACUGAGGGGACCCUGACAGAGGGGGUCCUCAGUGAGGGGACCCUGACAGAGGGGACCCUGACAGAGGGGACCCUGAGAGAGGGGACCCUGAGAGAGGGGACCUUGAGAAAGGGGGCCCUGAUAAAGGGGACCCUGAGAAAGGGGGCCCUGAGAGAGGGGACCCUGAGAGAGGGGACCCUGACAGAGGGGACCCUGACUGAGGGGACCUUGAGAAAGGGGGCCCUGAUAAAGGGGACUCUGAGAAAGGGGGUCCUGACAGAGGGGGCCGGAAGGGAGCGGAGGGGCCUGGACCCCUCGCCAGCACCUGGACUCAAGCCGGGCGGCCGGAACGUCUGCAGCACCGCGGGGAGUCUACAAUGCUGCCCUGGAUGGGAACAGCUUCUGGAUGAAUGCCUCACACCGGUGUGCGCAGGCAAUGACACCUGUGCUCAGGGGGAGGUGUGCGUCAAGCCCGGAGAAUGUCGCUGUCGCCACGGAUACUUCGGGGCGCACUGUGACACAAAGUGCCCCAGCCAGUACUGGGGUCCCGAGUGUAAGCGCCAGUGCCUCUGCCACCCGCACGGAACCUGUGACGCUCGCACGGGAGCCUGCACCUGCGCGCCCGCACGCUGGGGAGAGCGCUGCCAGGAGGCCUGCGCCUGUAACUUCGGAGUCUGCGACGCGGCCACCGGAGCCUGCAGCUGUCACCACGGCUGGUGGGGCGCCACGUGCGGUGCCACCUGCCGGUGCGGUGCCGGUGCGGUGCUGUGCGAGCAGGCGACGGGUCGCUGUGUGUGCAGUGCCGGCUGGUGGGGGCCCAGCUGCAGCGCUCGCUGCCACUGUGGGGGGGGCUCCCCCUGCAACCCGGCAAACGGUCGCUGCGCUUGCCGCGAGGGCCUGUGGGGGGCCCGGUGCGAGCAUCGCUGCGCCUGCCGCCCCGCCGCCACGGAGCGGUGCGUGACGCUCAACGGCUCGUGCGUGUGCCGCCCGGGACACCGGGGCCGCUACUGCGCCGAGGCGUGCCCCGCCGGCCUCUACGGAUACCAGUGUGCCCACAGGUGCGGGCGCUGCAAGCGUGCCGCGCCGUGCGACGCCCAGCGGGGUCUGUGUGACACCUGUGUGCGGGCGCUGCAAGCGUGCCGCGCCGUGCGACGCCCAGCGCGGUGCGGGCGCUGCAAGCGUGCCGCGCCGUGCGACGCCCAGCGGGGUCUGUGUGACGCCUGUGUGCCGGGCUGGCGGGGCGAGCGAUGUGUGGAGCGCUGUGCCACCGGCUGGUUUGGCGAGGGCUGCGCCCACCCCUGCCCCGUGUGCCACCCGGACACCGCCUGCCACCCCGAGGACGGCACCUGCCCACACUGCCCGCCCGGCUACACGGGGCCCAG